UGUCUUGCUGAAAGAUCCAGAAGAAUAACGACAAGGAGAAGGCCUGUUUUGUUCCAGCAACUUCUGUUAUUUUCGAAAACUAUAGAAUGCCGAACCAUUGCACUUUAGCUCUGCUUUUCGAGAUUUGGUUGAUUGGAAUAACACAAGGAAGCGUGAUCGAAGUUUCAACACGAUCUCCCAAUGAGUAUCUUACUGUUUCUCAUAAGGAACACUUGAAACACUUACCAUUAGAAAGUCAUGCUGCCGUGUCAUUUCCUGAGUUCCUCAGUAACAACUUGGAGCAGGAUGACUUAUGGGAGCCCAUAAUUGAUGACAAUGAUGAAAAUAAGAUACUUCUUCUACGUGUUUCUCCAAAUACUCUGGAUGAUGAAACAGAUUCUUGGUCUCUUUACAGACAACAAUUUCAAGAUUCGGGAAGAACAAAAAGUAGCAAUGAUCCUCAAAAACGUCAGUUUGUAUCUUGGGGUGGAAAAAGGGAUAUUGAGGACAAAGACCUUCAGAAACGUCAAUUUGCUGCUUGGGGUGGGAAGAGGAAUACUGAAGAUAUAGGCCCUCAGAAACGUCAGUUUGCCGCUUGGGGUGGAAAGAGAGAUUUCGCUCCUUGGGGAGGAAAGAGAGGCCUGGGCUACAAAUAUAGCAAGAAAGAUUUUAAUGCUUGGGGUGGAAAGAGAGGACUUGAUGCAAUGAAAUAUGGCGGCGGUUACGAAUAAACGUUUUUUGAAAUUGGAAACCAAUUUAGACAAGUGGGAAAACGUAGUUUGCAUAAUAAAAUACAUCGCUUUCGAUACAGGAUAAGGUUAAUGAUAUUAAUCAUGUUCUUAAAAUCAAAUUCAUAUUUUUAAGAAUAUCUGUUUACUGAAGUAGCUGACGGUAGAUGCCAGCACCGUUUAUGUGAGACAAGAAAUUUACGGAAAAAUUCAAAUGAAAUAAAGCUUACAAAAAUCACA